AUGAACCUUCUGAUGCUCUUCGUCGCCUUCUCUAAUGCAUUUUCCGUAAUGGAGCCCGAAAUCGAAGACCUCGAAAACCUCGUCGAUUCUCGCGUUUCAUUUGACGAGUUCCCCAGUCACAUCCGCCGAAAUCUCCAGCGUCGCCAAAAAGCCGAAAUCCGCAGAUUUACCAAACAAAGAAUGGCCGCCUUCUACCCCUUUCAAUAA